CUACUCGCUCCUUUCAAAUCUUUGUUUCAAGUUUCCUCUCUCUCUGCUUUUGGAACACUUUAAAUUCGUGAAGAGAUAAGUAAGUUUGAGAAUCGAGAGUAACUGUUUGAGAAGCCAUUACUACGUUUCUUCCUCGCCUAGGUAAAUUAUGGCCAAGAAACAAUUGGAAGUGCUAAACGCACUUGACGUUGCCAAAACGCAAUGGUACCAUUUCACGGCGAUUGUGAUCGCCGGAAUGGGAUUCUUCACUGACGCCUAUGAUCUCUUCUGCAUCUCUCUCGUGACGAAGCUCCUCGGCCGCCUCUACUACACCGUCGAAGGGGCGGACAAGCCAGGCUCUCUUCCCCCCAACGUGGCCGCUGCGGUCAACGGCGUCGCCUUCUGCGGCACCCUCACCGGCCAGCUCUUUUUCGGCUGGCUCGGCGACAGGCUAGGCCGGAAGAAAGUGUACGGCAUGACACUGAUGAUGAUGGUAAUCUGCUCAAUCGCCUCCGGCCUAUCGUUGGGAAGCCAGCCGAAGGCCGUCAUGGCAACACUCUGCUUCUUCCGCUUCUGGCUUGGCUUUGGCAUCGGCGGUGACUACCCCCUCUCGGCCACUAUUAUGUCCGAAUAUGCCAAUAAAAAAACCCGCGGCGCAUUUAUUGCUGCGGUUUUCGCUAUGCAGGGAUUUGGAAUCCUGGCAGGCGGGAUGGUGGCAAUAAUUAUGUCGGCCGCAUUUAAGGCAGCCUACCCCGCCCCUGCCUAUGAAGUCAACGCCGCGGCCUCCGUCCCCGCGGCGUCUGACUACGUCUGGCGGCUGAUAGUCAUGUUCGGCGCGCUCCCUGCGGCCCUCACCUACUACUGGCGGAUGAAAAUGCCAGAGACCGCCCGGUACACGGCCCUUGUUGAGAAAAACGCGAAACAGGCCGCGGCCAACAUGUCUAAGGUUUUGCAGGUGGAUAUAGAAGCAGAGCCUGAGGCAGAGCCGGAGAGGAAAAAUGUUAAUCAAUUCGGCCUCUUUUCGAAGGAGUUUCUCCGGAGGCACGGGCUCCACCUCCUCGGGACCACGAGCACGUGGUUCCUCCUCGACAUCGCCUUCUACAGCCAGAACCUCUUCCAGAAGGACAUCUUCAGCGCGAUCGGGUGGAUCCCGGCCGCGAAGACGAUGAACGCUCUGGAAGAGGUUUACAGAAUCGCGAGGGCGCAAACACUGAUCGCGCUCUGCAGCACCGUCCCGGGCUACUGGUUCACCGUGAUCUUCAUCGACAGGAUCGGGAGGUUCGCAAUUCAGAUAAUGGGUUUCACGAUGAUGACAAUUUUCAUGUUCGCUCUGGCGAUUCCGUACGACCACUGGACGCACCCGGAUAAUAGGAUCGGGUUCGUGGCGAUGUACUCGCUGACGUUCUUCUUUGCGAAUUUCGGGCCGAAUGCGACGACGUUUGUGGUGCCGGCGGAGAUAUUUCCGGCGAGGCUGAGGUCGACGUGCCAUGGGAUAUCGUCGGCGGCGGGGAAGGCGGGGGCGAUAGUGGGGGCGUUCGGGUUCUUGUACGCAGCGCAGUCGAAGGAUCCGAAGAAGACGGAGGCGGGGUACCCGGCGGGGAUGGGGGUGAGAAACGCGCUGCUGGUGCUGGGGUGUGUGAACGCUUUGGGGGUGAUGUUCACGCUCUUAGUGCCGGAGUCGAACGGGAAGUCGCUGGAGGAGAUGUCGAAGGAGAAUGAAGUCGAGGAUGAAAAUGAAAAUGGAGAAAUGGGUGAUCCAGCUACGACGGUUCCUGUUUAAAUUUAAUGCAAAGCUUUUAAGUUAUGAACUUAUUUUUGAAGUCGGUUUUGAUUGUGCGCUGUACGAUACCGGUAUCAAUACGCCAGAUUUAAAUUGCUAUGUUACUAGGAAUUUUUCUAA